GGAAAUUGCAGCUUUCGAAUUAGGAGACGUGCUGCCGCGAAACAUCUCCUUGUCGAGCUUAUAAAUUAAAAUAUUGAAAAAAGAAAAGAGACAUUUUUGCAUUUGCAAUCCCAGUUUUUCACUCGAGCAAUUUUGUGGAAAGAGAGUAGAGACUCAUCCUUCGCUAGCGCCGCGUUACGGUCACCUUUUCCUCCUUCGAAUUGUCUUCUUUUUCUUCUUCUUUGGAUUCGAGGACGAAAGUUUGCUUUUUGGUUUCUUUCUACGAUCUGCAAAUCUUCUUAUUUUCGAGAAAGCGGCAGGCUUUAAGGCGGCUGAAAUGCUGUAUCUAAAGCAGCCAAACAUGGAUCUAGGGUUUGAGCUGAUUGUUGGCGGCUUGAUGCGAGCCUGAGUUGACACGCCCGAGCCGGAGUCUGGCUCGGGAUUGAGAUCCGAUGGCGGCGGGAGGGGAUGGGGAAGAUUUGUCCGGAGCAGCGGCGACCGGCGCUAAGAACUUCUAUCUGCAAAAGUUUAAACUUUAUGAGACUCGAUCGAAAUUUUAUAUGAUUGGUUGGGACAAGAGUGGAACAAUCUGGAGAGUUUUGUCACUCGACAGACAAGAACUUUCUGAGCUCAAUAUGCAAGAGGAUCCCACAAUCUACAAGAAAAAUGAAUGUGAAGACUUGCUGAAGAGAAUAGAUGAAGGCAACAGAUCAAGUGGAGGGCUCAGAUUUGUCACGCAAUGUUAUGGAAUUAUUGGUUUUGUGAAGUUUUUGGGGCCUUAUUACUUGUUGCUAAUUACAAAAAGGAGAAAAAUUGGUUCCAUAUGUGGCCACACUGUCUAUGCCAUCUCUAAGAGUGAAAUGAUUGCAAUUCCAAAUUCUUCUGUGCGGCAUAGUAUGGCAUUAUCUAAGCAUGAGGACAGAUAUAAGAAGCUACUUUGCAUGGUGGAUCUUACAAAAGACUUCUUCUUUAGUUAUUCAUACAACAUAAUGCGUAGUCUACAGAGGAACUUAUGUGACAUUGAGUCUGGGGACAUUCUGUAUGAAACGAUGUUUGUGUGGAAUGAGUUCCUUACACGCAGAAUUCGCUAUCACCUAAAAAGUACAAUAUGGUCGAUUGCAUUGGUGUAUGGAUUCUUUAAACAGAUUAAACUAUCGGUGUCUGGGAAAGAUUUUAUGUUCACGCUAAUUGCUAGGCGCUCUCGUCAUUAUGCUGGCACAAGGUACUUAAAGCGUGGUGUCAAUGAGAAAGGCAGAGUAGCAAAUGAAGUUGAAACUGAGCAGAUUGUAUUUGAUGCAAAUGCUAGAGGUUCUCCAACCCAGAUAAGCUCUAUAGUGCAGAUUAGGGGAUCCAUUCCUCUUUUUUGGUCACAAGAUAGUUCAUGGCUAAAUAUGAAGCCCGAUAUCAUUUUGCAGAAAGAUCAAAAAUAUGAAGCGACUCGACUUCAUUUUGAUAAUCUUGUCAAGAGAUAUGGAAAUCCUAUUAUUAUUUUCAACCUUAUCAAGACGUAUGAAAGGCGGCCUCGGGAAUCUAUUCUCCGCUCAGAAUUUGCAAAAGCCAUUGAUUUCAUAAACAAAGACCUCCCUGCUGAAAAUCAUUUAAGAUUCUUGCAUUGGGAUCUUAGCCAACAUUCGCAGAGAGCUACAAACAUUCUUGAGUUAUUGGUGAAACUUGGAUCUGAUGCCUUAAGUUUGACAGGCUUUUUCUAUUGUCAACUUUCCUCUUCUUUAAGACUGCCUGGAGCCAUGAGCUCAUCUUUCCUUGUGAGUGGAGAUGGUAGCAAUCGAUCAAUAAAUAAUCAUAGAAAAAAUUGUGAUUCUAUCAUCAUUGGAGAACAGUGCCAGAAAGAUAACAAGGAAAACUGUACUUUCUCUAGGAGAGAGACAACAAAAAACAUUGUGGAUCAAACCUGUUCUUUGGAGAAAAAACCUUUGCUUCAAAAAGGUGUCCUUCGUACAAAUUGUAUUGAUUGUCUAGACCGAACAAAUGUAGCUCAAUUUGCCUAUGGUUUAGCUGCCCUUUGUCAGCAGCUGCACCUCUUGGGAUUUAUUGAUAUUCCAGUUAUUGGGUUGGAUUCCCCUUUAUCUGAUGAUGUGAUGGACCUAUAUGAGAAGAUGGGUGACACGCUUGCUUUACAAUAUGGUGGUUCUGCUGCUCAUAAUAAGAUAUUUUGUGAUAGAAGAGGUCAAUGGAAGGCAGCUACCCAAUCUCAAGAAUUUUUUAGAACUGUUCAGAGAUACUACAACAACACAUAUAUCGAUCCACUCAAACAAGAUGCCAUAAAUGUAUUCUUAGGGUACUUCCAGCCCCAAAAGGAUAAAGCAGCACUGUGGGAGCUUGAUUCUGAUCAGCAUUACAAUGUUGGAAGGCAUGGCCCUGCCUUUGCUGAGGAAAAAGCCAGGUCAUUUAAAAGGUCUCUGUCGGAAGGGAAUAUGGUAUGUGAGAGCACAACUGAUUCCAGCUCAAAUGUAGAAGAGGGAAAUUCCCAAAAAGUUCAUUUGCCAAUAGAUGCCAAGAAAGGGGAUCUUUCUGAGUUCACACCCGAUAUUCCUACUUGUGGAAGGGAUACAUCAUAUUCCAGGCAGCUAUUUGCAGAUAGUGAACAUGAUUAUUUCCAUCAAAUUAGAUUUGAUGAGUCGAGCUCUUCAAAUUUCCUUGACCUUGACCACAUUUCAUCUUCAGGAAAUUCAUGUGCAGAGGAAAUCUAUGAAAGUGCCUGCAGGUCAUCAAGUGAAAAUGUUAUUACUGAUAAAAUUGUUGAAACAACAGCAAGCACUACUUGGGAAGGAUCGAGUGACAUGGCCACCGUUGGUGUGCAGAAUUCUGAUGUUGGUGAAUUUUCUGAGAGAUUCGUGCAUUGGGUCAACCAUGGAGGAGCUCUUUGCUAUUGAUCUAAAUUUCUGAGUUUAGUAUGCGGCCAGAGAAAUAAAUACACCAACAUAACAUUUUAGGAGCAGCUGAACAAGAAACUGAGAAACUCUGGUAAUUUUUCCAUCUGUACAUUUUCGCAAGUUGAAUUUGUACAAUUUUGUUUUUUUCAAUUUCUAUACUGUAAAUUCUAUUCUUUUAGUAGAUAGAUAUCUUAGAUACAGUCCAUUCAAAUAAUGUAUAUAUGUUUAAGCAUUUUUCAUGUA